UCCACAAGUAUCUAAAGGAAAGGGAAUAAGGACAUCUAGAAGAAUACGGAAUCAUGUCGGAAACACGGCAAUACAGUUUUUACGCACUGUGAAAGCAAAAAUGAAGUCGGUUUUGUUGUUUUGUGUUCUCGAUAAGUAGGUGGUCUAGCCCAACUUCGUAAGAGAGAAACUAUUGGCCUGUGUCUAUCCUCGCUUCAAUCUGUAUUUUGAGGGCGUGAGAGAGUUCGCACGAAAGUAACGGUUUUAAGUAAUGGAUCAAUCCUUCGUAAUUCAAGAGAUUUUGGCAGAAGGCGAAAAUUGCGUCAUAGCUGUUCAAUGUCUUGUCUUGGUGGACAAUGUCAUUGAAAGCAGACUAUUGGGUUUGGUGGAGCGCACCAAGGAACAUGCGCUGUUUGUUUUUACCCAUAGAAGAAUGGCGAUAACUGGUGAAGAUGUCACAUUGUAUGACAUUUUCCCCAUCUCUAAUGACUUUGCAGUUGUGGAAGUGUCCUCGGCAGAUGAGCUUUCUUUUGUGGGUGCAGACACUAGAGUGAGGCUGAACUUCCAGGAUGAGGAUCUGGAGGUGAGGCUCCCCUUUGGCUCCCACUCUCGCCUUUUCCUCAGUGAGGUGAACAGAGCCUGGAGCGAUGUUUGCAAGUUUCCCAAGGAAGCACCGAAGUUUGAGUGGCUCCACAAGUACCACAAAGCCUCCAAAGGCCAAGGUGGCGUCAAACAGACCCUUGCACCUUUGGGAACAACACACACCAAGAUCAGCCAGCUUAAGAAAACAGGGAACUCAUUGAACGCAGUAAGCAGGUCCCCAGUAGAAGGGAACAAGAGGGUGAACAGUGGAGUGGAGCGCCCCAGAGUAGAGUCCGGCCCAGAGAGCCAAGGGAAAGUGAAGCGUGAGGGCUGGGAUGAGCUGAAGCGCGAGGGCAGAGAUGACCUGGUACGCCAGUCCAGCCACACAGCGUCCAACAAAGCCACAAUGCUAGCCAUGCCGCAGUUUGGACUGCGCGACAACCUCAUCCGCUGUGAGCUGCUCAAGAACGAGGACAUCUACACCUACCUGGAGAAUUUCAGUUUCUUCAUAGGCACAUACAAUGUGAACGGCCAAACCCCCAAAGAAAGCCUCCGUCCCUGGCUGGGCUCCACAUCCACUCCCCCUGACAUGUACUGCGUGGGGUUCCAGGAGCUGGACCUGAGCAAGGAGGCCUUCUUCUUCAACGACACGCCCAAGGAGACCGAGUGGAUGAAGGCUGUGUCUGAGGGGCUGCAUCCAGACGCCAAGUACGCCUUAGUGAAACUGGUUCGUAUGGUGGGCAUCAUGCUGCUGUUUUUCGUGAGGAAUGAGCACGCCAAGCACAUCUCUGAGAUGGAGGCAGAGACCGUGGGCACCGGCAUCAUGGGUAGAAUGGGAAACAAAGGUGCUGUGGCCAUCCGCUUCCGCUUCCACAACUCUGACAUCUGUGUGGUCAACUCCCACCUGGCCGCCCACAUCGAGGAGUACGAAAGGCGCAACCAGGACUACAAGGAUAUCUGCAGUAGGCUGCUUUUCCGCCAGCACGACCUCGCGCUGGUCCCACUCACCAUCAUGAAGCACGAUGUGGUCCUAUGGCUGGGAGAUCUCAACUACAGGCUAAGUGACCUUGACGUUGACGAUGUGAAGGACUUAAUCGCCAAGAAGGAUUUUGAAACUCUGCACAGUUAUGACCAGCUGAAGAGGCAGAUCGAUGAGAAGGCUGUUUUCGUGGGCUUUGUGGAGGGAGAAAUCGGCUUCCUGCCCACUUACAAAUACGACACUGGCUCCGACCAAUGGGACACAAGUGAAAAGUGUCGCGUGCCGGCGUGGUGUGAUCGGAUCCUGUGGCGAGGCAAGAAUGUGCGGCAGCUGCACUACCAGAGUCACAUGGACCUGAAGACCAGCGACCACAAGCCAGUCAGCUCCCUGCUGGAGAUGGGGAUCAAGCUGGUGAAUGAAGAGUCUUACAAAAAUACAUUUGAGGAAAUUGUGCGCUCGCUGGACAAGAUGGAGAACGAGUGCAUUCCGUCCGUAACGCUGUCCAGGCGAGAGUCAUUGGCAGCAGAGAACUGGAAGGAGAGGCGGCCAAAGGAAGAAUUGGUUUGGGGGGUGACAGAAGAGAUAUACCUGCUGGAGCGCGUGCUACAGUUCCACUUCAUAGAUGUGAAGUUCAUGCAGCACCAGGCAGAGACUCUGACCCUCCACAACGACGGACAGGUCCCGUGCCAGUUUGAGUUCAUCCAGAAGCUGGAUGAGCGCACCUACUGCAAGCCCUGGCUCACCGCCAACCCGGCCAAGGGUUUCAUCGCUCAGGGUGGGAACGUGGUCAUUGACCUGGAGGUAUUUGUGAACCGCUCCACCGCCACGGAGCUCAACGCAGGCCGCCAGCAAAUCGAAGACAUACUGGUGCUCCACCUGGAUCGGGGAAAGGACUACUUUCUCUCUGUGUUGGGCAACUACUUGCCCAGCUGCUUCGGCUCGUCCAUCCAGACCCUGUGCCAACUGAGGGACCCCAUCCAGGAAAUGCCCCUGGAGACCAUCCGGGAGCUGACGUUGUCAGGUGAUGAGACCAGAACUUUAAUCAUCGAUAAGCCCCUGGAUAUCCCUAAAGAGAUAUGGCAGAUGGUGGACCACCUAUACCGUAAUGCUCCUAAACAGGGGGAACUAUUUCAACAACCUGGGCUCCGCAGUGAAUUUGUGGAGAUAAGGGAUUGUCUUGACACUGGCAUGCCAGACUCGCUCCCUGGCAGUAACCACUCUGUGGCAGAAGCACUGCUCAUCUUCCUUGAUGCCCUCCCUGAGCCUGUGGUCCCCUUCUCCCUGUACCAGCAGUGCCUGGAGUGCUGCUCCAACACCAGUCAGUGUAAAAAGGUUGUAUCCUUGUUACCUCAGUGCCAUAAAAACGUGUUUAACUAUAUAGCGGCUUUUCUCCGUGAGUUGUUGAAGCAUUCUACACACAAUAGCCUGGAUGUCAAUAUUUUAGCCACCAUUUUUGCUGCCUUGCUACUGAGGUCACCCACGAAGCAGGACCUUGCAGAGAAGAGGAAGACUCAAGAGUUCUUUCAGCAUUUCCUAGUCCAGGACCUAUCCUGAAUAGAAGAGGGUGCUCCUGCUGUGUCUUUUAGACACUAUUUUAGUUUAAUGUACAGCUCUGUAUUUGUAAUAAGUUCCUAUUCAUAUAGAUGGCUCUUUGUAUAUAUCCAGUCAGUCCAAUUGUUUAGGCCUACUCUCCUUUGAUUUGAAAUCAACUAUGUUUUGACAAGCAAUGUUUAACCUGUAAACUGUUGAUGCACAGCUAAUAUUCUGUCACUGAGUAGCUGUAGUAAACUGACCAUUUUUUAUGUAUAUUUACCAGUUUAUUUAAAGAAAAUAAAUUUGCUGUUUUGUGAAGGCAAAACAGUGGAUCGUUUUAUAUGUGAAAGUAUUUCAAACAGUUGUGGUUUGGCGAUUUCAUGUUUCUUUCCCAUUUAGCAAGCAAAUGGAAAAAGUUUGUUUUGGAAUUUAAUAAACCCACUGUCACAUGUG